AUGGCGUAUCAGUUGCUGGAGGUGACGCUGAUCUCGGCCAAGGACCUCAAGCGGGUGACGCUCUUCACCAAGAUGCGCGUGUACGCCGUGGCGUCCAUCUCCGGCGGCGACCCCCGGCUGCCGACACACAGAACGUACGCCGACCGCGAGGGCGGCCGGAACCCGAUGUGGCACGCCCCGCUGCGGUUCACCAUCCCGCCCGCCGCCGACCCGCGCGGCCUCGCGCUGCACGUACUGCUCCGCACCGAGCGCGCCUUCGGCGACCGCGACGUCGGCGAGGUCUUCGUGCCGGUCCAGGACCUCGCCGCCGCGGCGCCCGAGGGCGGCGAGCAGAGGCACCUGAGCUACCAGGUGCGCCGCCCCGUGAGCGGCCGGAAGCGCGGCGUGCUCCACAUUUCGUACAGGCUCACCGACGCGCCGCCGCAGGACGCGGCCGCCGCCGGGCCCUACGCCCACCAUUACAUGCAUGGGACGGCGAAGCGGCGGCCCAAGGGCGCGGGCGCGAUCACCGCGUACCCGGCAGCCGCGCGUCGCGGCGCCCCGACCCCGUACCAGCAGGCCGGCGCUUACGGGCCCCCCUACGGCGGCGCGUACGGCUACGGUGCCACCACACACGGGGCACCGUACGGGUACGGCCACGCGCCGGCGGCGAGGCACGACGGAGGGAUGGGCGCGGGGCUCGGGCUCGGCCUCCUCGGCGGCGCGGUCGGCGGGAUGAUGCUCGGCGACAUGGUCGCCGACGCGGAGGUGGACGGCGCAUACGACGGCGUGUUCAUGGACAGCAUGAGCUUCUGA